GGGUGUGGUUUACCUGUAGCCACAGGUAAAACACGGCACGAUUCUUAGCGAGUAAAGCUUCAGUAUGAGUCCGAUGUGAAGCGAAUAGAUUUAUACGCGUGUACGUGUGUGUUUGUUUUUCGAUGAAUCGAAGCAUAGAUCGAUGAAGUGAGUAUAAUACCGCGGUAAAGGAACCGUUCCCGGGCGCGAUACUUCCGCGAUCCUCAACGAUCAGAAGUCGCGCUCAAAACAACAGAGAUUCAUAUGCGGUCCUGAAUGUGUUGAGUUAUGCCUGGCCACAGCACAGGAACACAUCACAAGAGCCGUCCUCACAGCUCGGGCCGUUCUAGAGCUGAUGGCUACAGGCAGGGCCGCACUUACUCCAAAGACAGCAGCACUAGUCAGGAGACCUAUAAAGAGCCGUACAUCGAGCAGCCCCGCGGCACGGACGCCCAGAUUCCCCGGAAGACCCAUCCUUACUACAGCAACGGACGAGGCUCGGAGAGCCUGGGCUUCGUUCCCGGCUCGGCGGACUCCCCUCAGGUCGCUCAGGCCUGUGGCUCGUGCGCGUCACUGGGCUGGAGCGGUUGCAAAGCUCUUCUCUGCUGCAUCCUGACCUGCGGCCUCUAUGGGUCUAGCAAACCUUGCCUGCCGCCCAACGAGAGCUCCACGGAUAGCGCUCCGAAAGCAGAGCCCGAGCCGCGGAAGCCCAACGGCUUUGCCGUAUCCAACCCCACGUGCGGCGUGGAGGUCAGCAAGCCGAGGCAGUUACCCAGCUCCGGCAGCUUCAGGUACGGGGACGUCUACUUUGCUGGUAAGAAGGUGGAUUACCCCUUGAACCAGGAGGCGCUUCCGCGUCGGGCCAGGACGGUAGCCAAGGGAGACGGCCAGCGGCCGAUCAGCAAUACCAGUAUCUACUCGAGGGAGGAUCUGGAUCUUGACGAUCUGGAUGACGGCGGAACGGAUAUCGACUCGCUCAUCACUAAAAAGCUUCUGGAACUUUAUAAGCUGCACCAGAUCGAGCAGCUGGCCAAAUGCACGUCGGACUUGUCCUUCUCUCGUAAAACCAACGAGAUUAGCGAUCUGAUUAACAGCAUCGCGCAGGAUUAUAAUCUGGAGGAACAGGAGGCGGAGUGCCGGCUGGUGCACGGCGUCAUACGCAUCAGCACCCGCAAUAAAUCCUGCAAAGGUUACAAAAGCAAAGACUAUAAACCACAAGACACGAUGCAGCACGUGAACGGGAGGAGGGACGGAACGCUGCCUGACAGCGGGAUUGAGACCACGACCUUCACCUUUAGCGAUGAAGGGGAUCCCGAGGUGCUAGUGUCGGAGCGGACGCAGACAGAUGAGCUCGCCCGGAAUAUGAGAGCUCACAGCGGGAAACAUUACUACUCGAGUGCAGCUACGGAUUCAUCAGGAGCGCCGCUGUUGCGCUAGUAAACCAUAUUACUCUCAGUUAUUACUGCCUAUUGAGUGUUCAUCUGUCUACAUGUGUUCCUCUCAGAUUUCACUCAACGCUCUUUAUGAUUCGAUGGACACUGUGUGAAGACUGUCGAGUGCUCUCACAUAUACUGUACUUAGACUUAAUGAUGUUUAACAAUGAAAGCUGCUGAAAAAACACGUCGACUUUGACCAGCAGCCGUCCGGAUAGUUACGUACUGAACAAGUUUCCUCGCUAAAUCAUCAAAGCGUAUUUUUAAGUGUUUGCUUUCAUUUUACCUUUGAAAAAAUGAUGCUGUGGUGUACAGAUGUGUAUUCAUGACGGCGCUGUUAUUCAUCUGAAUGCGGUCCUGUUAUAACCCGUCCUUUACUCAGAUCAGAACAAUCUUUAUACCUCCCUUGCUUUUUUAGGACUGUUUGUUGUCAGACAAAACAACCACGUUUGUACAGUGGACAUUUUGUUUGUUUUGAAAUGCUUUGUAAAGAUUUGUUUUCUUAUAUUUUUUAUUGAAAUAAAAAGGGAAUAUUCCCCCUUA